AUGGGGAAUAUCUUAUCACGCAGUGUUGGGGAAUUGAAGGUCAUUGCUGAAAUGUUUUUGCUCACUUACUUGCCAUUUGCCUGUAUAACUGUAUUGCAGGGAAAAGGUAGGAAACUCAUAGGAACGUUCUCUGCAAGCGACCUGAGGGGAUGCCCAAUUGCUUUAUUGCAGUCAUGGCUGUCUAUUGGUGUUAUAGAGUUCAUAGAGCAUAUAUCAAUAGCCCCCAGUAAUCUUGCGGGUGAUUUAAGCCAUUCAGCAAGAGAACUGGUAACUUGCUACGCCAAUUCAAGCCUUUCUGAAGUCAUUAACAAGGUUGUUGGUGCAUAUUUGCACCGAGUGUGGGUUGUAGACCAACAGGGUUUGCUUACAGGAGUUGUAUCACUGACAGAUAUGAUUCGAGUGAUAAGGGAGUCACUGUUGUCCGAAUUUGGAGCGACAGGAGUGUCUGUACAUGUAUAUACUGACUCCUGA